CUCCUCCACAUCCACAGCAUCCACAACCACAUCCUCAAUGACCACUUCAAUUUCCUCCACAGCUACACGACCAAUUACCUCAUCCAGUGCCCCAGCAACCACUCGGUACACAACCACAACCAGUGCAUCCAUGAUCACUGAGCUCACAACCACACCCAGCUCCUCCACAUCCAGUGCCCCAACAACCACUGAGCUCACAACCACACCCAACUCCUCCACAUCCACAGCAUCAACCACCACAUCCUCAAUGACCACAUACAUGUCCUCACCAGCUGCACUGCCAAUUACUUCAUCCACUGCCUCAACAACCACUCAGCAGACAACCACACCCAGCGCAUCCACGACCAUUCAUCUGACAACCACACCUAGCUACUCUACAUCCAGAGCAUCAACAACCACAGAUUUGACAACCACAUCCAGCGCAUCCAUGACCACUCAGCUGAAAUCCACACCUCACUCCUACACAUCUAAAACAUUAACAACCAUGGAUUUAACAACCACAUCCAGUUCCCCAACAAGCAUCAACAACUGUGUAUUUGACAAUUACCACAUCCAGUGCCCCAACAACCACUCGGCAGACAACAUUGAGCGUAUCCACAACCACUCAGCUGACAACCAUACCGAGAUCCUCCACAUCCAGAGUAUCAACAAUCGUGGAUUUGACGACCACAUCCAGUGCCCCAGCAACCACUCAGCUGACAACCACUCCCAGCUCCUCCACAUCCAGAGCAUCAACAACCACAUCCUCACUGACCACAUCCAUUUCAUCCACAGCUCAACAACAUCCAGUAUCCCAACAACCACUCGGCAGACAACCACAUCCAGUGCCUCCAUGCCCAGAGCCUCAACCACCCCUCAGCCAACAACUACAUCCAGCACAUCUACAACUACAUCCACAACCUCAACAAUCACUGUUAGUGCUUCUACGACCAUUCAGCCGACAACCACAUCCAGAGUUUUCACAACAACACAUCCAGCAACGACAUGUGGUGCUCCAGCGACCACUUUCGAGGCCUCCACGUCCACUCCAACAACCUCAGCUCAUCAUCUACACAGCCAAUGACCACAUCCAGUGCCCCAACAACCACUUAUUAGCAACAACAUCCAGCACCUUCAUGACCAGGCAUCCAUCGACCACAUCCAGUGCAUCUAUGACCACUCAGUCGAUAAUCACAUCCAAGCCAUCUAUGAUUCCAUCGAGAGCCUCAACAACCAUUUCCAGAGCCUCAACAACAACAGAUCCAUCAA